CCGACCACCAGCUACCGAAGGUCAAAAGAAGCAUAAAACCUGGUUAUGAUGAGUGAAUCAACACUAGUCCCCCAGGCACCUGUGCCGCGAAUACUUGCGCUCAUUGACGCUUUACUAAUUUUUUUCAUUCUAUAUCCGUUGGUUUGUUGAACGUUUAUGUAGUCGCGGGUGAUCAAAACGUCAAUCCAUUUGCAUAUCUAUCCCAAUAUGACGUUCAUUAUAAGAGCAACAACGCCCCUGGUAUUCUUUUAUCUAUUCGUCAUAUCGGAUUCAGCGACCAUAAAGCAAUCGUUCAACGACAGCGCUUUGGUGUCCGCAAGAUCUGGCCGUUCCAACGGCGGACGCAGAGGGAACCGAUACAGCGUCGAUUCGUCCGGCGCGGGAAACAUCAAACCGGAAAACUCGGCCGAAACGAGAUACGACAACGGUCAAAGCAAUUUGGAAAAACGAUGCAUAAAAUGCGUCUACUACAACCCUCCACCGUCAUUCAGAGAUUCCAGGGAAAGAUACGGAGGUGGAGGGGGUUACGACCACUACGGAAGGGACUAUGGGUCUGAGGGCUUUGACAAGAGAUACGACAGGGACUAUUACGACAGAAGGCGGGACAAUAACCGACGGCCUGACUACUACGACAGAUACGACGAUUCGUACGAUAGGGAUGGUUAUUACGGGGAUGGUGGUGGGUACGAUCGUGGAGGAUACAGGGGAGGCUACGACAGUGGCGGGUAUCCACCGAGUGGUAGAGGCGGAGGUUACGACAGGGACGAUUACCCUCGGGGAAGUGAUAACAGCUAUUACGGUCAAGAUCGAGCCUCUUACGACCGAAAUAGAGACCCAUAUGACCACGGUUAUGACCGGGGUGGACAAGAGUACGAUCGUGGCAACUAUUACAAGGGUGGCUACGAUCGUGCCGGUCACGACAGGGGUGGUUAUGGUUAUGCCGAUUACGACCAAGGCAGAAACUAUGACAGCAACAGGAGUGGAUACAGGAACUAUGGAGGAGACGAUGGUGAUGGCUACAAACGAUAUGGAGGAGGUAGAGAAUAUGACGAUUAUGAUAGCAGGGGAGGCGGUGGGGGUGAUUACGACAGGGGCGGAUUCAGACCUUGGGACGACACAACUAGGGGAAGCUCCGGGUGGGACAAUCGAGGCAGAGGAUACUAUUUUGCUACUGGAAAACCUGAGUACGAUUCUGGAUAUGCUGGAAGGUGGCCUUACGGGUCAGGUGGAGGUGGAAACGGGGGAAGGAGGUGGCAACAGGAUGAUGAAGGAUACAGAAGACGAACAAGCUAUUUACAUGAUAGAGACGAGUCUUCAACUUCUUUGGUUUCAAACCAUAAAAGUAACGAUACCACCAGUACUGCCAACAAUAAUAAUAACGACGAAAAUAUGAAUAAUAAGAAAAGUGAUAGCUAAUUGAUUCUGUUAUCUACAAUUUUCUAGUGUAUUUGUAUAUAAAUAUAUAAUAUUUACUAGUGUUAUAGAUUAACGAAAGAGUGAUUGAUAAAUAGUCCAUCAGAAUUAAUUUUUAUUAAAAAAAAAAAACAAAUUAAAUAAGAACUAAACGUUUUGGACAAAGUGCUUCACAUAGACUUUACUAUUUCUAAUGUUGAAUUUGGAAAUAAUUGGGAAUCUCAGUAUUAUUUUAUUUAAUCCUUUGUAUUACAUCCAUAUCAUACAUCAUAUAGUUAUUUAAAUAAUUAAUCUUUAAAUCAAAACGUUGUAAACUUUAAUAAACUUAUACUUAACUCAUUUCUUUACAAUAAACCUUUUUAUUUAUGUAUAUCUAUAUUAAUAAGUGGUUUAUUUGCAUUAUUUUGAACACAAUAAACAUUAAAAACCCAAAUCUUAUUACUGUUGACAUUAUAUUAUGUCUAUUGCAGGGUGUUUCUGUAUUACCUGAUUACUUAGUUAUUAGAACAUAUCAUGUCUAUAAUCAACACAAUAAACAAUUGAAAAAAGUAGUUUUGACCCUGAUAUCUAUAAAACAUCGAAUGGACAAUACAAUUGAAAUGUGUACUACGUAAAUUACUGUUAGAAUAAAAUUAUUGAAAGCAUCAUCAACUACUAUUCUUCAUAAUUCGCGUAAAUAAUUGCUUCAACCGUGAAGAGGUGGUAGUUAAGGUU